UCUAGGACCAGAUGUAAAUUCGAGGAAUGAAUAUAGUCCAUCCCUAAACGUAGAAGGUAUAUAAAUGUUAUGAUCGGCUCAUCAAACCUAAGUCGCUCACGGAUUCAGGUUGUCUGAUUACGAAAGUGCAACAGAAAAGAUGGUUUAUGAAAAGUCGUUUCUGUACCUAUGGGUGAUUGUGUUCCUUGCACUGCUGGGGAAAUCAACUCAGUAUUGCCCGACUACCAUUGCGUUUCAUGCCAAUCAUUUAUCAAACACCCAAUUACUGCCAGGUAACACGCUUGUAUUCAGUGUGAUUAAGAUGAACCUAGGCGGAGCAUACAACAGCACUUCCGGUAUCUUUGUUGCUCCACAAGCUGGAACAUACUCUUUCAACGCUCACCUGUGUUUGGCUGUUGGUAACGCUCUUGCAUUUGAUGUCAUGGUUGGGUCUUCCGUCUACACCUCGACAUAUGCUAGGGGUUACAAUGGUUGUGGGUGUACAUCUAUACCAGCUAUUGCAGUUCUUAACCAGAAUGACCAGGUCUAUCUACGAUGGAAGACCUACUCGUACACAAGUAGUUCCGUCAUAUGUCAAGGUAUUCCAGAAAGUACCUUCACUGGAAUGUUGAUUAAUUGAUUUUCUUAUAUAUGAUGUACGCUGUUUUCUGUGUCUAUUCAUUUAGACAUUUGAAAUAUUUUAAUUAAUAAUUUUAUCUUAUAUCCAAGUAAGAAAAUUUCUUCCAUUACUUAUACAAUCGUUCUUCUGUAAACAGUGAAUGGUUAUCGUCUUUACAUUAUUGACAACUACUCACAGUAUGUAAAUAAUAUUAGCAAAAAAUGAAUUAUUUUAUACAUAGUUGCGUUAAAAAUAAAAUAUUUAGAGGAUAUUCUUGCCAUUUAUAAACUGAUAAUACGUAUUUGAUAAAUAUGUAUCCUGUAUAAAUCAAAACGAUCUAAAAUAAUAAAAACACAAACUCAUUAAAUUCCAUUAACAAAAAUAUGUCAAUAAAUGUUAAGUCACCAAGCUUGUAGUAUUUUUUUCAACCUAAGAAUGAAACACAAUUUUUACGUGUCUUUUCUGGUAUAGUUUCAGUCGGUUUGUUAUAAUAUCCUUUUCAAAAUAUGUUUUACACACGCUUAAAGAAGAAUAAGAUUUAGUGUUUUAGGAUUAGAAGAAUUCUUUAAUUGCCAAUGUUAUCAA